UCGAGACGUUGGACGUUUCCGUUACGUUCGCCGUUACGUUUGGGGGACAUAUUCCGUUUGUCAUUGCGUAUUCUGUUCGGUUUGUUAGUUUGGACGAAUGCCGUCGUUGAUUUGGUCUCGCCGUCUGUUCUAUAGGUUGCCUCCAUUUUCAGAGUUGCCGAUAUGCCGUGGUAAAUUCGUACUCCCUAAUACAAUAAAACAUUUUGAUUUAACAGAUCCGUGGAGAUGGAGGAAACAUGUUACAUGUACUCCGUGUCGUGAUACUAUCAUACUAAUAAUAUAGAUUUAUGCGUGAACAAACGUGACCGAACGUGUCUAAAUUAAAUGAAAUGAAAUGAAAUGAUAGGUAUAUAUAUAAUCAUACGGAAGAAAAAGUAAUAAAGAUGAUUACAGUAAUAGAAUAAUACAAAUGCGAAAUUUUGAACCACAGUUGAGAGGCAAUUUCCAUGGUUUCCAGAAGGAGUGGAGUAAGGGAAAAUGAGAAUGGACAAAACUGAGACAAGUACGGAGAAUACCUUUGCGUGGAAGGGGGGCGUUGGAGAAAUAUAUGCUUACUUUUUCAAAUAAUGCAAAGAUUACGCGUUAAGGGAGAGUAAAGCAAGGAGCCAUUACAACAUUAUGACCUUAAAGAGGAAUUUCAUUUAUUUGAUUCUUUUCCCUUGGCUGGACUGGUCACUGGUGGAGGGACUUAUGGACUUGCUUAAUUAAGUAAUAAGUUUUUAAACAAAUAAAUACAUGUGUAACAUUAGCAUAAGGGCACAAUGCAUCCUUAUUUUAUUUUAUUUGUAUCAUCAAAGUGUCUACCACGUAACUAACAUUUUCAUUCUCACCUCGCGUGCUUCAGUUAAGGAUAAAGGGUCGGUCAAUGAUCUAUUUUCAUUUUCAUAGGUUAGGAUUCGAAACCCAAACAAAUGAGAAACCACGGAAAAUUCCUCAAAUAAGUCACAUGAGAUUUGAUCCCUUGACCACGAGGAUAUGAGGUGGAAAGCGAUAUCACUAUUUUAAGAUUGUCAUGGGUCGCUUCCCGUCAGGUUUUGGCCCAGCUCAUGGGCCAUGGGACUAAACGGGUCGGGUUCGAGUCAGGCCCGCCCGACCUCGUGUUGGGCCAAACCAGCUGAAAAGUUUAAAACAGGGCCCAGGACCACAGGCCUUCGUUUCGGGUCGAGCCGUCGUGCCUAAGCCUAAUUUUACUAAAUUUAGCGUGCUUUGUCGUGUCAGGUUGAGUCGUGCCUUACCUUGUCGUGCUUUUUCCCAUAAAAUCGGGUCAGGCCCCACGGCCCACUAUUUCGUGCUCGUGCCGAACCGACCCACAACUAUCUUGAUCACUACUCCACCACUUCAAUCUUCUGCUAAGACCAACUUGGUUAGAAUAACUUAUGCAUGGUAUUGGUAUGUGUUUAUGCCAAAAUUCGUAUGGGGGCGACUUUCGGCUAGGGUCGACACUAACUAAGCAAAGAAUCAACGACACAAAUAAAGAGGCACGACACAGAGGAGUGUUGACGCGGAAAACCCAGGAAUAAGGUAAAAAACCGCGGAUAGCUAUGAGGCUAUCAAUCCACUAAGUAUUCUAUAUGAUUGUUUAUGCUUUUCUCUCUAAGAAUCGAUAUCAAAAAUCUCAAGUACAAUAAUGAAUACUGAAACAGUUUAUAGCUUAAGAGUCUUUUUGCUUGAAUCAACGUGCCUUGCUUAUCAUUAUCUUCGUCCUUUUAUAGGAUAUUCUCAACGGUCUGAUCGGUUGAGGAAAUCCCACAAAGAUAGGAGUAUCUUUGUCACACGACUCUUCAACCUUUAACUGCUUCCGCGCUUCUCGCGGGUGUCUUGGACUCGUUCUUGCUAGCUUGACGGCGCUGCCUAUCAUGGGCUUUAGGUCAACUUAUCUUCAUCAACCCGUUUCUCGAGGACGUGUCUCAGUUGCCUGUACUCUGUCGCCUGUCCUUCGUCGGUUAUACCUCGUCGUACGAUGCUACGUCGGACGUAUCUCCCUGGAGCUGUGUUUACCUGCGACACGACAGGACCUGGUUGACACGACAUGAUCAAACGUUAGAACGGUUAUGUCGUUAGUCCAAAAAGUGGGAUAACAGUUUGCCCCCAAUUGUGAGUUUGCGGAGUCACACAGAGCAAAAGAAACAAUUCAAGUUAAAAAACCGUCUUCAACUGCCUAGUUCGUGGGAUAAAACCGUUCAAAAUUCUAGAGUAAUAAAUACCAAUUCACGACAUGCAAUAAAGUUCUUCACACCAAGUUUUUCAAAAAAUUUCUAGAUCCGAAAGCAGGAGAGAGAAGAGGGAGAAAGCGAAGUCGAUUUUCGCACUGAGUUUGUUCGAUUUCAGGUAAAAUUUGCUUUCUUUUUCGAUUUCCUUGUAGAUUUUUGUAAGUGAGAUGGGUAGAUCUAAGUCGGUUGUAGCGAGAGGAAAGGGGGAGUCGGGUUCCACUCGGGUUAAGUCCCUUAACCCGAUAUAUUCUACUGUGGUGGAUCCGGCGGCUUUUGUUGAACUUGCUGGUUUGCCGCCGUCGGCGGAAGUGAAGAUUCCCGGCUCGGAUGAGGAAGCCUUUGACUGUCCAGAGGGGUAUGUGGUUAUGUAUGAGUAUCCGUUCACAAUUGGCUUCAAGUUUCCUUUCACUCCUCUAGUUAGGUCAUUUAUCGAGGUUUUCCAUUUGAGUCCGGGUCAGUUGAUGCCCCAGAUAUGGCGGGUUUUCACGGUGGUGCACGGAGUUACUGCGAACUGGCGUACGCCGUUUGACCUGUCUGAUUUGAUGUACACUUACGACCUAGCACUGCAGAAGUGUUGUAGGUAUACCUUGGUUACGAAGAAGGGGAAGACGAACUUAGGUGUUGGUUUAGGUGUGAACGACAGGGGUUGGCAGAGUCGUUUUGUCUUUGUAGGCAAAGAUUCUCUGGGAGAUAAAGGGCGGUUUCUGGUCGAGGGAUGGACGAUGGAAGUUGUCAAGGCGUCGUCGUUGACUGAGUUGAACGCUGAUUCUGAGGAUAAGUAUCGGAGGUUCUUGGGUUAUUCUGUCGAGGAUAGGUCUUUCAGUCGCGACGGAGAGUUUUUAGACGAGCAGGAGGUGGACCGGUCAGGCGACGUUGCCGAGGAGGAGGAGAUAGACGAGGAAUCAGGUCAACUGACUCGUCGUCGGAAAAGGUUGGAUUUGCUUGAGGAGGUAGUGGCAAACUCAUCGUCCGCCGAAGGUGAAGUAGGUGAUAUGGCUGACAACUCAGAGCAUACUCUUUCGUCUCGUCCUGUGUCGAGGAUGUCUCAGAGCGAGAUUCAGGAGCGUGCAAGGAAGCGACUGAGGUCUUCCUCGACUUCUGGUGGACGAGGUAUGACGGUCGUACCUCGGUUUUCUGCGAUAGGUUCGUCGGCCGAGACGCCUGUCGUCAUAGGAGCCGAAGGCUUUCAUCCGAUUGCUUCGUCGCCGCCUCCACAGCCGUUCAAGGCGUCGUCUGCUGCUGUCGACUUUAGUAAAGUGUCUACUUCGUCGGCCAAGAAGCGACCUGUCGAGACGGAUCCUGUCGAGGAGACGGUUAUCACUUUGCCCCCAAGCUUCUUGGGUGAUGAAGAGGCGUCGGUUAUAUGGCCUUUCGCUGAUCGCUUGAUCUUGCCUACGACGUAUCGACGAUACCACGAGGUGGAUCCUCUUCCUGUCGCGUCGGACGCCGCUGAGCUUAGUCUGCGGGCGUCGCAGGCUGCCUUGGCUGUACGCAGGCAGUGUUCGUUGCUGUGUGAUGAGGUGACGAAUGCAAGGCAGCUGACAGCGACGGCGAAGAAGGCGGCCGCGUCGUGGGAAGCGAAGUGGAAAGCUGCUGAGAAGAAGGUCGUGGAUCUUGCUGCGGUGGUUAAGGCCAAGGGUGAUCAAUUGAAAGGUAAGGAUAAGUAGUUAGCCGACGUGGCCAAAGAUCUGGAGAAAGUGAAGGAGGAGUUGACCUCGACGACGGAGGAGUUGGAUGGAUUGAGGAGCUUGUACGACGCCCUGCAGGAGGAGGCGAAGGACGUCGAGGCUCUUGCUAUAUGGAGGACGCGGGCGCAGAUGAUGUAUUCCUGCCUGAUUGGGGAGACUAGCCUUUGGCCGUGUCAAAAGGAGGUGGAUGACUAUCUGGCUAAUGGCGGCACUAUGGCUGACCUGUCGGUGCCUGUGGUGGAUUCGGAGGAGUUGGCUAAGACGGCUGAUACUGCUAGUACUGAGGCGACGGAGGUGGAUGCGGCUUUGUUGGUGGUGAGUGCGCCUGUUCCGGACCAAGAGGGGGAGGUUUUAGCUGUUGGGUGCGAAGAGGAGGCCCUCGUCGUCGUUUCUCAAGACGAGACGUUGGACGUGGCGUCGGUGGAGGCGCCAGUCGUGCCCCCAGAGCAAGAGUCGGAGCAGGAAGCCGCGGUCUCUACUCAGGAAGAAGGGAUGUAAUAGUUUGUAGUUUUCGAAUUUCUGUUGGUUUUUGUGUUUUGUUGGUGAACUUCUUUACUCGUCGUCGAUGGCGGCGACGAGGUGGUUUGGAUGACUUGUGUUUUGUUUCUGUGUUUGGAAUGUUUUUAUUCGUCGUCGGUAGUGGCGACGCGGUGUUUGGAUAAUGUUUUGUGUUUGAAUUUCGGAAGUCGUGGCCUUAGGGGUCGCGCGUCGUGUAUGUUAAGUUUGUUUUUCUUUUCCUUAGUCGUCUGUUCUUUAUGGUUAUCCCGUCGCGUUUUGAUGUCUUAGUUUCGUGUAGCAAAUGCUUUGCAAGUAAUAAGUAUUGAACCGACUGAUGUGUAAAAUCAUACCUGCGUUGUUAGUUCGUUGUCUCUUGCGAUCUCGUUCUGAGUCGUACGUUGUUGCUUAUGGAUGUCAUUCGUCGUGCGUCUUGCAUUCUGCAAAA